AAAUCAAAAUCAAUGGCAGCAACAGAAUCGUUCUAUCUACCAAACGAAUGUUGGGAACAUGUGUUCAACUCUCUCAACGACGGCGACAACCACCACCACCGCCGCUACCUACAAUCCAUCUCCGCCGUCUCCAAACAAUUUCUCUCAAUCACCAGCACUAACCAAUUCUCUCUCACAAUCCAUAAUCAAACCCUCCCUUUCCUUCGUAAUCUCUUCCAAAGAUUCACCAACCUCACUUCCCUCGACCUCACGCGCUUCUCCGGUGACCGCGACGCGCUUCUCUCCCAAAUAUCUCUUUUCCCCUUACAAAUCAAAUCGCUUAACCUCUCUAAUCACCCCACAGUUCCCUCAAUUGGGUUGCAAGUUUUUUCCCAAAAGAUUACAACAUUAACCUCUCUAAUUUGUUCCAACAUUGAUUCAAUUCAUAAAACUGAUAUUUCUGUAAUUGCUCAUUGUUUUCCUUUACUUGAAGAACUUGACCUAUGUUUAGCUUUACCUAAAUGUACUGGUGAUUUUGUUGAUGAUUUUGAUAUAAAUGCUUUUUCAAUAGCACUUCCCAAGCUUAGGAAGGUUAAUCUCUCUAAUAGUAACUUCAUUAACGACUCGUCGCUUUUUCAUCUAUUCAAAAACUGCGAGUUUCUUGAAGAGGUUGUUGUGUUAAAUUGCAUACACUUAACUCAUAUUGGCAUUGCUUCUGCGAUGCGAGAGAGACCAAAUUUAAAGUCUUUUUCGGUUAAUUUUGCUAAGGAAGUGGAAGGGAUGUUCAUUGAUUCUCUAAGGAGUUUGAAGGAUUUGACUUGUCUUGAUUUGUCUUCUUCACAUAUCUCAAACCAAUUGCUUAAAUCUCUUGCAAACCAAGGUCUUCUUCGUUUGAAGAGACUCGUGCUUAAUCGUUGUAGUGGCUUUGGUUAUGUUGGAAUCCAUUACUUGUUAUCCAAGUAUUGUUUUUUGCAGCAUUUGGAUCUUCAACUUGCCAUGUUUCUGGAUGAUCAUCGUGUAGCUAAGUUGUCUUUGUUUCUUGGUAAUUUGGUGUCUAUCAACCUUAGUAAUUGUAGGAUGCUCACAGAAUUAACUUUGUUUACACUUAUUAAGAAAUGUCCUUUUGUUGAAGAGAUAAGAAUGGAAUACACAAGUAUUGGAAAACCGGGUGUAGUGAAGGAUAAUUCUUUGAUUGAUUUUGAUGUAAAUCUUCAAAUGAAGUCUCUCCAUUUGUCUUCCAAUCCGUGGUUGAAUAAUGAAACCAUCAAAACAAUUGCUUCAUUCUGCCCAAACUUGCAGUUUCUUGACAUCAGCUCUUGUUGGGGCAUAUAUGAAGGUAUUGUUGAAGUUUUAAGGAAAUGUUCUAAAAUUAUGCAUUUGAACUUAGCCUCUUGUCUAAGAGUGAACCUACUUGGAAUGAACUUCCAAGUUCCUAAAUUGGAGGUGUUGAGCUUGAAAAUGACAAAAAUUGAUGAUGAAACACUUUAUGUGAUCUCAAAGAGUUGUCCCUGGCUACUACAUUUGAAUUUGGAACAGUGUUCAGAAAUCACGGAAAAGGGAGUGAUGCAAGUAGUAGAAAACUGCACACAACUAAAAGAGAUAAAUUUGCAGCAUUGUUGUAAAGUGGCUGCUGAUGUUGAUUUAUGGAUGAUGAUUGUUAUGUCAAGGCCAACAUUGAGAAAGAUUAUGGCUCCCGCGCAUUUUCGUCCUCGUAACAAGAAGUGGAAACCCUUAUUGGAUCAUGGAUGCUUUAUUUGUUAGUAUUUGUAAUUUUAUCUUAAUUACAACAUUUCAAUCUUGCACUAAAUUUUGUUUUUCAUUUUUAUGAUAAAUAAAUAUUAAAGAAUUGUAGUUUGGUUGA